GAUAUCCCCUUGUAGCUGUGUUUGUUAUCGCUCGCUCGCUCUUCCUUUCUUUCAUUUCUUCAUUUGCACAACACAAUCACUCUCACUCCCCAAUUCCGAUUCCCUCUUAAUCCAAAACCUCAAUGACCUCAUAAUUCGCUCGCUGCUUCAGAUUCCGCACGCUUCAGGGAUUCAAGAUUCAAUGAGAUUGCUCUCUUCCAAUAAAACAUGGCCUCUGCAUCCUCCUUAUCAGUUUCUCUAGAAUGCGUGAACGCCUGCAAGCCGUGGAGAGGGGAUGGAAAUGUAAGAUUCGACUGUAGUCUUCUAUCGUGCGCGUGGAAAGCUCCGAGGGCUCUCACCGGGUUCCUUGCCAGCACUGCUCAUCCUCAUCAGUGUUCGAACUUGUCGAAUGGGCGUAAUGGACGAAGGAACCGGUAUAAUUUUGGGUGUGAAGCCUUUAGUGUAGGUGGUUCAUGCCAUGAUGAACCACUUGAUAUCAUACUUUUUGAAGGAUACUCUAGAUCUAUCUCGUGCCAAAAUGCUCCUAGGAGAUGGCAAUUGUGUUGUUCUUUGGCCUCGAACACUGUCACUGAGUUUUCCGCGGAAAGUUUGUGGGAGGAUCUUAAACCUGCUAUCUCGUACCUGUCACCUAAAGAACUGGAGUUAGUCUACAAUGCUUUUAUGUUGGCGUUUAAAGCUCAUGAUGGUCAGAAAAGACGCAGUGGUGAACCCUUCAUCAUUCACCCAGUCGAGGUUGCACGCAUUCUGGGAGAACUUGAACUUGACUGGGAGUCGAUUGCUGCUGGAUUACUUCAUGAUACAGUUGAGGAUACAAAUGUUGUUACUUUUGAGAGGAUAGAGGAGGAAUUUGGUGCUACUGUGCGGCACAUUGUGGAAGGAGAGACCAAGGUGUCGAAACUGGGAAAGUUGAAGUAUAAGAAUGAAAAUGAUUCCGUGCAAGAUGUGAAAGCAGAAGAUCUUCGGCAAAUGUUUCUGGCUAUGACAGAGGAGGUUCGUGUUAUAAUUGUCAAAUUGGCAGAUAGGUUGCAUAACAUGCGCACACUAUCACAUAUGCCUCCACAUAAACAGACUAGCAUUGCGAUGGAGACAUUGCAGGUAUUUGCUCCUUUGGCAAAGUUGCUUGGGAUGUAUCAAAUUAAGUCAGAACUAGAAAAUCUAUCGUUUAUGUACACAAAUGCGGAAGACUAUGCUAAGGUGAAGAGAAGAGUAGCAGAGCUAUACAAAGAACAUGAGAAAGAACUUCUGGAGGCAAACAAAAUGUUGAUGAAGAAAAUCCAAGAUGAUCAAUUCUUAGACCUUCUAACGGUUAAAACGAAAGUUCGUGCUGUAUGUAAAGAGCCUUACAGUAUCUAUAAAGCUGUUCUCAAAUCAAAAAGUUCAAUCAGUGAGAUUAACCAAAUUGCACAGCUUCGCAUUAUUAUUAAACCAAAGCAAUGCAUUGGGGUUGGGCCUUUAUGCAACCCACAGCAGAUUUGCUAUCAUGUUCUGGGGUUGAUCCAUGGAAUCUGGACCCCUAUUCCUAGAUCUGUGAAGGAUUAUAUUGCAACCCCUAAACCAAAUGGCUACCAGAGUCUUCAGACCACCGUGAUUCCAUUUUUGUAUGAGAGCAUGUUUAGGCUAGAAGUCCAGAUUAGAACAGAAGAAAUGGAUUUGAUAGCUGAGAGGGGCAUUGCUGCUCAUUAUAGUGGGAGAGAAUUUGUCACAGGGUUGGUUGGAAGUGCAACACCAAGUAGUAAAAGCUCAAGAGGGAAGACAGUUUGUCUAAACAACGCCAAUAUUGCCCUGAGAAUUGGCUGGCUCAAUGCAAUUAGAGAGUGGCAAGAAGAGUUUGUUGGCAACAUGAGUUCUAGGGAAUUUGUCGACACCAUUACAAGAGAUCUGCUGGGCAGUCGUGUCUUUGUGUUCACACCAAGGGGAGAGAUUAAGAAUCUUCCUCAGGGUGCUACUGUCAUUGACUAUGCUUAUAUGAUACACACUGAAAUAGGCAACAAGAUGGUAGCUGCAAAGGUCAAUGGCAAUCUUGUUUCUCCUGCUCAUGUACUUGCAAAUGCAGAAGUUGUAGAGAUAAUCACAUAUAAUGCACUUUCCAGCAAAUCAGCCUUUCAGAGGCAUAAGCAGUGGUUGCAACAUGCUAAAACACGUAGUGCAAGACACAAAAUAAUGAAGUUUCUGAGGGAGCAAGCUGCACGCUCUGCUGCUGAUAUCACUACGGAAGCAGUCAAUGACUUUGUCACUGAUUCUGACGGGGAUAGUGAAUCUGAAGAACUGUCAAAAGGUUCCAGUGGCUCUAAAUAUACGUGGGGUAAAAUGUUUGUGAAUGGAGCCGAAAUAUCAACUUUAGGAAGAAGUGAGACCGUCCUCCAAAGUAACAAUGGAAGUGCUUGGAUCCCCAAGGUCAAUGGAAAACAUAAUAAGCAUGUGCAGCAUGAAAGUUUCAACGGCAAAGGGGAGAUGUUACUGCAGGGAAACCUUGUCGCAAAGAUAAUUCAAGUUAACAUUCCAAGAUAUAAGGAAGUCCUGCCAGGUUUAGAAAGUUGGCAAGCCCAGAAAAUUGCUUCUUGGCACAAUAUGGAAGGGCACUCCAUCCAAUGGUUAUCUGUAGUAUGUAUAGACCGAAAAGGCAUGAUGGCUGAGGUCACUGCAGCAAUGGCCACUGCAGGCAUAGCCAUAUGUUCUUGUGUGGCUGAGAUUGAUGGAGGAAGGGGAAUGGCUGUUAUGGUAUUUCAUGUAGAAGGAAAUUUAGAAAAUUUGGUCAGUGCUUGCUCUAAAGUGGAUCUGAUACUGGGUGUUUUGGGAUGGUCUACCGGUUGCAGCUGGCCAAGCUUGAUGGAAGACCGUGGAGUUCUCGAAUGCUAGUUGAUUCGAUUGCAGUGGCUCUUGGCGUCAACUACAGUUUGCCCAACGAUUACAGACCCAGACCAGGGAAUUAAGUUUUGUUCGCAGCAACGUAGGCAUUUAUGUGGCUAAAUUUUGUUUAUAGUAUAGUUCUCAUAUAUUUGUUCGAACUUACUAACCCAAUAAUCCGGCAGCAGCCUAUUGAGUCAAAAGACUCGAAACUCAAGGCACUGUAUAUAGAAAAGAGUUAUAGGAUAAAGGAGUAUAUACAAUGUAAAGUAGUUGUGCAUAAACUAAGCAUUUAUCCAAGGAGAUUUAUAGGGGGUCUCUUAUUACAAAUGGUCAGUUACCGUGGCCAGUUUAAAGUCUUCCAUUUCUACCUAAUUUGUGAAAAAUGUUAAUUAAUAGUACUGGCAUUCGUAAUAGGCAGGAUCAGUAAAUGCAUUCUGAUUUCUUUUCUUCU